AUGACAUCGUCGCCGGGAAGAUGUUUGAUCUUAUAUCCACUACUGGGACCGUUGCUAGGAGGGGCCGCCGGGAAAUGGAUAGAGGGGCACGUAAAUACCAAGGAUAACUGGGCCUUUCUCGCUCGAUUUUGUUUCUUAUCAAUGGAGGGUCAGUUUGAGUAUCUAAUAGAAUUUGAACGCGAAAUGGGAAUUCCAAAUCUACUUCUUUACUACGACGACGAUAACCAAUGGCCAUCUGUAUACCACAGUACUUUGACGUGUAAGGAACGAGAAGCAGUUCUAAAUAAGGUUGGACAGAAUCAAAUGAUAAAGUUGUCUCACUGGUACCCCGAAACAGAAUAUUCUGGAUGUAUAGUUUCUAGAGCCAAUAAAGAGUUACCAGCGGGCAAAAGUUCAACCACAACAACAACUAAACCAACAACAAAAAGGAUUACUCCAACAACAUCAUCGAAGAAUAUUAGCCCAAAAGGAAACAAAUUUCAACCUCCACACAACACUUCGUUUUACGAUCAAUUUCUUAAAACUACAACACCUAAGCCAAAAGCUACCACUGCCGAUACAAAUUAUACCACUUGGUACGAAUUGUUCCCAACAGACGAUCUAAAUGUUUCUACUACUGCACUACCUCAGGAUGAAUUAUGGGAAACAAUAGGACCAAAUGAAGAUGAUGGUCUGUCAGAAAAUUUGAAAGAUGUUGAGAUAUUGUUCAAUAACAACACUAGUGGACAUAAAAUAAAGCGUUCAACAUUUGAACUGUACGAGCGCUUCCGACGUCGUCGGCUUAAUUCGGGAGCUAAUCUAGGCGGCCUUGGUACUGUAAAAAAUGGGGGUACAGAAAAACUUAUCGUAUCUUGUCACAACUCUAGAAGAUUCCGUUCAGCAAGGGAACGAUGGUGGUUUAUUGCUAUUAGCAAUUGUGAAAGCUCUAAGGGCUUGGAUGUUAGAUAUAAAUUCUUAAUGACUAACGGCCCCGAUGGAGAUUUUUGGCGCGAACAUUUCUCCGCCGACGAGUUCUACGUCCUACCAAUCCUUCUAGCGUAUACAUUCGCAUAUGUAAUGAUGAUGGUAGCUGUUGUGAUGUGCAGCGUGGAGCUCAAGUCACGUCACUUGCUGCACUCCACCUAUAAACUGUUCCUGAUGUCCGUGGUCGCACAGCACUGUGGUGUCAUCAUUCAGAGCCUCGCAACUGUUCGAUACGCUAUUACGGGCGUGGUUUUCAUGACGGCCAGGACCAUAGGCCAAUUUCUUUGUGGAAUAUCGGAAAUGACAUUCUUGCUACUGCUGGUACUGAUGGCUAAAGGCUAUACUAUAACACGCGGCCGUCUCAAGGUCGCCUUCACCGUCAAACUCACUGUCUUCAUGUGCUGCUACAUUGUCACCUAUAUCACGCUUUUUGUUUAUCAGGCUAAGAUGUUCGACCCGGGCGAGGUACUCUACCUGUACGAGAGUCCAGCAGGCUACGGGCUUAUUGUAUUGCGAGUUACGGCUUGGUGCGCUUUCGCUUAUGCCACAUUUUUUACCGUCAGGAAAUAUCCGGAAAAAAAUACGUUUUACUGUCCGUUCUUCAUAUGCGGCACCCUGUGGUUUUAUGCUGGACCCUUGUUUAUACUGACUGCAAAUUCAUACAUAGAUAAGUGGGUGCGUGAGAGCGUAGUUACAGCUGUUUUACUUUUUAUAACAUUUACGGGCCACAUCAUGUUUUUGAUACUAACAUUACCUGUGUUUGCCAACAAGAACUUCCCUUACCAUGUCAGAACAACUCAAAUAGGAGUUAUGGAGGUAACAGGAAGUUCUUCUAUUGAUGGUUUCGGAUCUAACGCUUAUCAUCCUACCAAUGGAGCGGCUCAAACUGUCAUUAUACCACUUACAAGACGCACAGAAGAAUUAAUAGGCAACAUGUACAGCCAAUACAUGGCAACGGCACCACCGAUGUCUUUAGAAAAUAGAACACCAAAAUUUAAUGGAUACCAUAAACGAACAGACUCUAAGAGAGUAGGAAAUGUGUUAUCACAUCAAGAUAGUACCGAGACUAAUACAUCUGAAGACAUAAAACCAUGCAUCGUCUACGACAAGGAACCAGAAAUAUUCACGGUCGAGAGUCAAAUAACAAAGAUGGACAAUUUAGAGCGCGAAAGCAAAUUAAAAAAAGAUGACAGUCUAUUGCCCAACGUGUCGAAUUUAAACAACCCAAAUAAUUUAUCAAGUGAGGGCGCGGAAAUAUUACACCAGACAAAAGCCGAACCUUAA